AUGGCGUUUCCGGGGAGUCUGUUCCUCCGGCAAUUUACAAUACUGUGCUGGAAGAACUGGAUCGUUCUCUCUAAACAUUCGCUCUUGAACAUCCUGCGCUGCUUGUUGUUGCCGAUCGGAUACGGAAUCUUCCUCGCUGUCGCACAGACAUUUCUUUUAAAGCCAAAUAAUUAUGGAAUUGGCUCUCCGAUCUCGGUCUACAAUUUGCAGGAUCAGUUUGACGGCUCUCUAACCUUAGUCUGGGCUGAUGGAACCAAUGGUACUGGGACACCCUCUGCGGAACAAGUCAUGGCACACAUCACCAGUAACUUUACGUCGAAUCAACUUCAAGCGGUCAUGCAGGUUGCGACACCCGCAGACAUACCAACCCAAUGUCCACAAAACUUCGACCUGACCUCUCAGUGCUUUGCCGCUAUUGCGUUCAAUUACCUUCCAAUGAAUGCCACGGAUCCGAAACCAGUCAACUACACCAUCAGUGCCGAUGGUGGUCUUGUAUACAUCAACGUAAUCAGUCAUACUAGUGAUUUCGAGACACGUAUUCUGCCGUUGCAAUGGGCAUUAGACCAGGCAAUCAUCGAGCUUAGAUCUGGACAGGAAGUACCUACUCCUAUGGAAUGGCCAUAUAGUCAGGAAACCAACCAACAACAGGCCACGAAUACGAGACUUAGUUACAUCAGAGGCAUUCGAAAUCUUAUUGUCAUUGCAUUUUUUAUUUGUUAUAUCGGGAUUGCGUAUCAUCUUCCGGGGUCAUUCACCGGCGAGAGAGCCAAUCUUCUAACCAGCCACAUGAAGGCUAUGGGUCUACUGGAUACUGCCAGAAUAGCAUCGUGGCAUAUUAGUAUCUCUCUAGCAUAUCUUCCCGCAUGGGUGGUCGUUUCUAUCAUAUGGCACUACCAAAUUUUCAGCGGUACUAAUGUUGGCCUGGUGCUUGGUGUGCACCUUCUAUUUGGAUUCUCGCUUGCCAGUUGGUCCUUCUUCGUCGCGGCUCCUUUUGGCAAGAGCCCUCAGCUUGCGGCUGUGGCAACUACAUUCCUUGCUAUGAUAUUUGCUAUCCUCGCGCUAGUCUUCAGCAGGGCUAGCACGAUUACGGCGACUAUUUUUACCCUAAUCUUCCCGCCCGGAUACUACGUUUUCGCAAUCCGUGCUAUAUGUGGCUGGGAAAACCAACAGAUUCCAACCAAUAUCAUGAAGCCAGAUCCGGAUACAAAUCUAAUUUUGUUGCCCUUGAUUAUUGCUGCCAUUGUUGACGUGUUCCUAUGGCCAUAUUUAGGUGUCCUACUCGAGAGAAGGCUCUAUGACGCCAGAGAGCCGUCCCCAGGCUUUUGGUCGUGCUGCCGCAGGCAGAAAAAGGCUGACCGACCUCCGCAUCCCAACGGAGUUGCAAUCUCUGUCAGGAAUUUGGGCAAGACGUUUUCCCCCUCCUUGUUCCACCGUGAGAAGCGACCGGUCACUGCCAUUGCAGAUUUGUCUUUCGAUGUUCCCAAGUCGGGCAUCUUCGUUCUUUUGGGAUCAAAUGGCGCCGGGCGCAGCACGGGAACUAUCACCUUUGAGGGUGGUGUGUCUCGUCCUCCCCGCGGAACGCUCGGCAUCGUGCCUCAGAAAAAUGUGAUAUUCCCUGAACUUUCUUGCUACCAAACUCUCCGCGUAUGGCGCGCAGUGAAGCAUUCUGCCAAAUCGAUAGAUGAAGACGAAGAUUACGAACAGCUACUGCGCGACUGCGAUCUCGGCAAAAAGAUCCACGCCAAUGCCAGUACUCUCUCGGGUGGUCAGAAGCGCAAGCUGCAGCUCGCUAUUGGGCUCGUUGGAGGCUCCAAGAUUGUCCUUGUGGAUGAGUGUACAUCCGGUGUUGAUCCAUUAUCCCGCCGGGCGUUGUGGAGGACUUUGACAUCCGUUCGCCUUGACCGGACCAUCGUGUUCACCACUCAUUUCUUGGACGAAGCUGAUCUGUUGGCCGAUAACAUAGCCAUUUUAGCUGCGCCAGGCAAGCUGGUAGCUGCGGGCACUCCUGUUGCUCUCAAGUCAAACCUCGGGCAGGGAUACAGCGUCCAAGUCAUGUUCGACCUCCCUGAUUUGACUGAGAAGGACCUUUCAAAAGCACCUUCCGAAGCUUUGGAUCGUAUUCGUCAAGUUUGCCCCCAGUGUUCCAUGUCACUCUCCUCGCCGAGCCAGGCGUCAUACCACCUUAAGUCAAAGGAUCCCGUUGUCGUGGAGAAGGUCCUCCAGCUGUUGGAUGAGGAGCGCAAUGCUCUUUGCGUCGCGUCCUGUGAUGUACUUGGGACGACCAUUGAAGAUAUCUUCCUGGAUCUCAUGGCCCGUCAAACUGGUAGCGCCUCCCUAGAUAGCACCGAGAAGUCCAUUUCAAGUUCAGGUGGUAUUUAUGAGCCCACCCUGGCUGAAUCGACCGACGGCUCAUCUCCACCUGGAGCUCUUCAGCUUACUGAUGGGCGAGCUCGUUCCCCUCUUAGUCAAGCUUUGACGAUCUUUUAUAAGCGUGCAUUAAUCGCUCGCAGGAGUUGGCUAACGCCCUUGUUAGCUGUGCUCAUCGCGGUUUGCGGUUCAUGCAUCCCGAUAAUCUUCCUAUCUGGCCAGGACACAACAUGUACCACUAAGCUCGGGAACGAGUCAGUCAUUUCGUUGUACUUCCCCGAAUCGCCCAUCUACUAUUCAGCUGCGUCUGGACCUGGUACCCGAGUCUUGGAGUCACCUCCGAAUAUCAUUUCGACUCUCGGCUCAACUGUGUCAUACCUAAAAACGGAGAACAUCGUCGACAAUGCCACAUUUGUCUCGACGAUUGAUCAGGACUACCUUAACCUGACGUUUGGUGGGAUAUCGAUAGAUAUGCUGACGGGUGAUUCGUUAUUUGCAUGGCAGGCAACCCCGCCCGGUUUAACUGGUCCGACCAUGAUGAAUCUGGUAACAAAUAUACUGUAUAAUCGGGCAUUGAACGCUUCUGGGGUCAUUGAACGCACGCCGAACCUCAUUUACGCGAGCUAUGCUGCUUUCCCUCAUCUUGCUUCAGGGACUCUGGUUGAUCUCAAGUGGGUGGCGUUUUUCGGGGCCUGCUAUGCCAUGCAACUGUCGAACGGUCUUUCAAAUCCCGUUGGGCUUUGGAUUGGCCAUCUCAUGUGGGACUCAAUAUUCUCGGUGACAAUUGCUACAAUCAUUACCAUUGUCUUCGCUACCACUACGAAUCAGUUCACCGGCUUUGGUUUCUUCUGGGUCGUCCUCGUUUUGUAUGGCAUCGUUGGGGCGUUAUUCGCGUACUGCGUGUCGUUGUUCAUGUCGUCGCCACUAUCCUCUUUUGCAGCAGUGGCAGGAUACCAAAUCAUCAUGUAUAUCAUGUACUUGGGUGGAUAUCUCUUGACGCUGACUUAUGCGCCGGCGUCUCAAUCCGCCAGCAUCAUCACGAUCAUCCACUUCACGUUUUCGGUGCUAUCGCCGGUGGCUAGUGUCAUGCGUACCGCCUUUGUAUCAGUAAAUCUCUUCUCGCUGCUUUGCGACGGCACGACUCCUGUGACAUCGGCAUCACUUGGUGACCUCAUGCAAUUUGGAGGUCCCAUCCUCUACCUCUUCGUUUAUGGCUUUGUGCUGUUCGGUAUUCUCGUAUGGGUUGAUUCUGGGUCAAUUAUCCCUCGCCGAUUCCUCAAUACCAAGGGACGGCGAGUACGAAUGGAUAAGUUGCAGGCCAGUUUCGAGGCUAACCGACAAGACGUUGCCGCUGAAGCGCACUCGGUGGCAAACUCCAAUGAUGUGUUGCGUCUUCUUCAUCUUACCAAGACUUUUGGGGGCAAUAAAGUUGUUGAUGACGUGUCUUACGGGGUGUCUCGGGACACUAUAUUUGCCAUGCUUGGGCCUAACGGGGCUGGAAAAACUACAACGUUCAACAUGAUUCGUGGCGAUAUUGUUCCGGACAUGGGAGAUGUAUUGAUCAAGGGGAUAUCAGUGUUAACUUCUCCGAGAACUGCACGUCUAUCUUUGGGAGUCUGCCCACAGUUUACUGCGAUCGACUCUCAGUUGACUGUUCGGGAACACCUCAUGAUCUAUGGACGUCUCAAAGGCCUGAAGAGAGGCUUUGAACUGAAGACAAAUAUCGAGGCACUCAUGAUUGCUACAUCAUUGCAUGUGUAUGCUGACAGACUAGCGAGUCAACUGUCCGGCGGGAAUCAGCGCAAGCUCUCUCUUGCUAUCGCCCUCAUUGGUAACCCCUCUGUUGUUCUCAUUGACGAGUUUUCUACGGGAGUAGAUGCGAAGAUGAAAAGAGAUAUGUGGGGGACUCUCCGGAACGUCGCUGUCGGAAAAGCAAUUGUUAUCACAACACAUGGCUAUCUAGAUUCCAUGGAAGAAGCUUCAGCUCUGGCAAAUAAGGUUGGCAUCAUUUCGAAACAAUUACUGGCUGUUGGUACAAUCGACAACCUGGUCUCGCGUUAUGCCACGUACCAAGUGCAUUUCUCUUGUCCAACACGAGAGGACGUGAUUAGAGCUCAGGUCCUCAUGAGUCGGAUUCCAGGCUCCCGUCUAGCCGACGAUGUUGCCACACGCUUCGAAGUUCCUAUACAAGAAGGCAGUGGUUUCACCCUUGCGCGAUUGUUCCAUAUUCUCUCGUCCCAGGGCGAUUUCCAGGAAUACACUGUAGAAAAGGCGACACUAGAAAGCGUGUUCCUGAAGGUUAUUAGAGGUAAUAAUGUUGUGGAGGAGGACGAUUCCCCUGGACGACGACGCAGGUGGUUGUGGUGAUGCCGCAAGUUGCCCAAAUAUUUAGUUAGACUGGACUGACUUAGACUUGCAUGGACUUUGACAUGGACGAUAUACGCAUUAAUGAUUGUAAUAGUAUCAAUGUAUCUUUAUGACCAUUGAUUAGCAAUAGUAUGCUUACCGUGCUGGUAUCAGUUCAUUGCAAAAGUGGUACCAGUGAGUCGAUAAAAUUUCAGUGACGAAAAAUUCUGGGUAGUGAGGACGGUCGACGUAGCCAGGUAGAUCUGAGCAGUCGAUGAUCUUUGAGCGUAGUGAACUGCCGACGCGUUUCCUUGUCAUGCGAAGGCUUUGGACAGUCACAUUUCUGUAAUGCCGCUCAUACCGUUGCAAAGUCCCUGACUUUAGAUUCAAUUUAUAUCGCCAGUCUAUGUUCUUUGUCAUUAGAUACAUCAUGGCAGGCAUG